AUGGAGAAGCCAGAUAUCGUGGAGUCUCCGCGCAAGCGACAGAAGAUUGAAGAUACAGGCUCAGCGGAAGUGGCUGUCGCCGGCGAUGACGCAACCCAAGUCGCGACCGCCGCAAUCUCAGAUGCGCAGGCUCUGAAGGAAGUCGAGGUCGGAAUUACAGAGUUUGUGAGCAAUGACGCCGAAGGAUUCUCGGGUAUCUUGAAGAAAAGAUAUACAGAUUUCCUCGUCAAUGAGAUUACGCCCACUGGCGAAGUCGUUCACCUCCGAAACACGAAUGCGCCUGCUACAACGCAAACAGCACCUGUGCCCAAGGCCGCAGAGGCUGGAACACAGGCUAAGGAGCAGACCGAGGCCGCCUCGACGAAGGUUGAAACGUCCCCCGCUGAGUUCAAGGUUUCGGAAGAGGAUCACGCUCUUUUGGUCGAGUACUUUGGCGCCCAGAAUGCCACCGGAAUUAUUGCGCUACACAAAAAUGCCAUGUCCAAGCCGAGAGGUCGACCCAGCGAGUUUGGAAAAGUCAGUGUUGCUGUGUCUGAUCGUGACCUGCGCACCAAAAUCCACCAGGCCAUUCGCCGUAUCUUCAACUCUGAGUUAGAGUCUACCACCGAUGCGGAGGGCAUGAUGACUAUCACCGCGGCCAAUAACCGAUUCAAGCGCGACUCAAACGGAGCAGGACGGGGCAACACUGGACGGGCUCAGGGUAACCGGACGAAUUGGGAGGAACUCGGCGGGCCAUACCUGCAUUUCACCCUCUACAAGGAGAACAAGGACACGAUGGAAGUUCUUUCUUUCAUUGCUCGCUCACUCAAGAUGAAUGUCAAGGCUUUCCAGUUUGCCGGGACCAAGGAUAGGCGAGGUGCCACCGCGCAGCGCGCCUGUGCUCUCCGCGUCCAUGCUGAUCGGCUUGCACGACUGAACCCGACUUUGCGCAAUGCUCGUCUCGGAGACUUUGAGUACCGCAAGCAUGGUCUGGAACUUGGAGAUUUGCAGGGCAAUGAGUUCUUGAUUACUUUGCGUGACACUGAAAUUCCCGGAUUGGACCUGAACGAUCGCCAGGCUGCGAUUGCGAAGGCUUCCGAGGUCGUCGGUACAUCAUUGAAGAACCUCUACCAGCGGGGAUACUUUAACUACUACGGUCUACAGCGGUUUGGAACUUUCGCCACUCGGACAGAUACCAUUGGCGUUAAGAUGCUGCAGGAAGACUACAAGGGAGCAUGCGAUGCUCUUUUACAGUAUCACCCUGACUCUCUUCGGGCUGCAAUGGAGGGAGCUUCAUCUACUGAAAACAUCAGCAGCGACGAUAAGGACCGCGCUAUGGCCAUCAAUAUGUUCCAGACCGGUGGUAGCAUUGCCGAUGCUUUGCAAAAGAUUCCGCGUAAAUUCACUGCUGAAUCUAAUCUGAUCCGCCACCUCGGCAGAAACCGAAAGGAUUAUUUGGGUGCGCUGCAGACCAUCCCCCGGAAUCUGCGGUUGAUGUAUGUGCACGCAUACCAGUCACUUGUCUGGAACUUCGCCUGCAGCGAGCGCUGGCGUCUCUAUGGUGACCGGGUAGUGGAAGGUGACCUCAUCAUUGUUCAAGAGCACCGCGAAAAGGAAACUGCUCCCACCGUCGUUGCCGCCGAAACCGUCGACGCUGACGGUGAAAUUAUUGUCAACCCCCAGGGCGAGGACAGUGCAGUUGCGGCCGAUGACAUGUUCAUGCGGGCACGUGCUCUGACUGCUGAAGAAGCCGCCAGCGGCAAAUAUACUAUCUUCGAUCUGGUUCUUCCUCAGCCUGGAUACGACAUCAUCUACCCUGAAAAUGAAAUGAAGGAAUUCUACCGCCGCUUCAUGCAAAGUGAACGGGGUGGUGGUCUUGACCCUUCCAAUAUGCGUCGCAAGUGGAAGGACAUCAGUCUUAGCGGGAGCUACCGCAAGAUUUUCAGCCGCAUGAUGGGAGACAACUACUCUUUCGAUGUCAAGCUUUAUUCCAAGGACGAUGAGCAGUUUGUUGAAACGGACCUGGACAAGUUGAAGGCCGAGAAGACAGAAGUCGAUACCACCAUAGCUGAUGAGACCACGGGUGAUAAGCUGGCGGUUGUGCUGAAGUUCCAGCUGGGAUCGAGCCAAUACGCCACCAUGGCGCUUCGGGAAUUGACUCGCGGCAAAGUCGCGGCUCAUAAGGCUGAAUUCGGCAGUGGGAGAUAA